AUCAUGUGCUCGAACUCAUAAUCGAUCCGCACUACCCAAGUGAAAAAAUGUACCUACAAAUGUAUAAAUUGAUAGAUUCUCACAAUCUUCUUUUAUUUUUAACCUCACUCCUGCCCAAAACCCUAUCUUUCUCUCUCUAAAACUCGCGCCCACUCACAUAUGGAAGACGACGACGAGUUCGGAGAUCUUUAUACAGACGUCCUUCGGCCUCUGACGGCCUCGCAUCCGCCUCACCCCGUCUCAACCCUCCAGAGCCGCCCGAUCGAUCAGGAUACCGACAGCGAUGAUGAGGAAAUUCUCCAUGGGGCUGCCGAUUUGAAGAUUUCUGUUUCCGGUUCACGUCUUGAUCCUGUUUUGAAAUCGAAUACAUCUGUUCAAGAAAUAAGCCUAACCAAACCGGAGGCCCGGCCUGAACUUGGAGGUUUCAAUUGGAAGUUUGAUUCCACUUCGAAGGCUGCCGAGGUUGCAGGCUGUGAUGGAUUGGGGUUGGAAGCGGGAAAGGAGCCUUCUGGGGGAUUUAAUUUCACGGAGGAUGAAGAUGAUCUGAACAUCGUGGUGGAGGAGAGAGAGAACAAAGAUGACGACUUGGUUGAGAAAGACGUCAACCUCGUGCACAAACAAGAGAAGAAGAUGCACAGCUCCACGGAACAAAGAGAAAACGCAGGAAGCUUUGGGGAAAGUGCCCCCGACCAGAUGAUUCCAGGGUUAUCGGCAAAUUUCGAUAGUCACGUGGGCCCCAACUUCGAAGAUGAUUGGGAAAGUGAUGAGAGUGAUGAUGAUCUGCAGAUAGUGUUGAAUGACAGUCACCACGGGCCAAUGGGGAUGGAGAGGAUGCCAGGAAUGAAUGAUGAAGAUGAUGAUGAGGAUGGCGACCAGUUGAUAAUAGUUGCUGAUAAUGGUGACGUGGUUCAUCACAGCCAGCCGAUGCUUGAGGAGAGAGAAUUGGGGGUCGAGGAAGGCGGGCCCACAGCUGAUGGGGACAGAAAGGAGUCAGGUGAUGCAGCUAAAGCAGGUGGCUCUCAGCAGAAGGUUGGGUACAGCAAUCAGUUAUACCAUCACCACCCUUUCCAUUCACAGUUCAAGGCUAAUGGCAUAUCACCUGAUCUCAAGAGCAAGUAUGUGAGACCUGGUGCAGAACCAUUGCCAGGAGGAACUCAAAGUCAAGUUUGCCCACCUGUUGCUGUGGGCCCUGGAGCUGGACGUGGUAGAGGUGAAUGGAGACCAAGAGGCCCUGUCCCCAUGCAAAAGGGGCUUCAUCCUGGUUAUGGGAUUCCUGGUUGGGGACAUAGUACAGCAGGACGUGGUUAUGGAAGUGGAUUGGAUUUCACACUUCCAUCACACAAGACGAUUUUUGAAGUUGAUAUUGAUGGGUUCGAAGAAAAACCAUGGAGGCUUCCAGGAAUUGACAUGUCAGACUUUUUCAACUUUGGCUUGAAUGAAGAGGGUUGGAAAGAUUACUGCAAACAACUGGAACAACUCCGUCUUGAGACAACUAUGCAAAGCAAGAUCCGUGUCUAUGAAAGUGGAAGAAUGGAACAGGACUAUGAUCCUGAUCUUCCCCCAGAACUUGCAGCAGCAGUUGGUAACCCAGAAAUUCCAUCUGAGAACAGGAAUGCUGGGACAGGAGAAGCCGGUCCAUCUGACUUAGCAAGAUCAAGUGCCCAUGCUCAGCCACCAAUUAAAAACUCGCUGUCCCUUUCCCAACGACACAAAGGAAAGGCGGGGCAUUCCAAGCCGGCCCGGCCGCGAGGAAUCAAGAGAUCUUUUCCCAAGGACAGCCAAUUCAGUGGGAAAAGAAAUUUGAGACGUGAACUGUGGCGGGAGUCCACGUCCUGGCUCCUUCCUGUUGGCCGGCCAAUACCUGUAGAAACUGGCUCUGGCGAUCGUCUCCCAUCAAUAGACACAAGGCGUCCUAGAAUGCAUGAUUCGGAUGCCAUUAUUGAGGUCGUCUGUCAGAGUUCCAACGAUGAUGGUGACGUGGCAGAACAACAAGACAAUGAUGUGGUUGGAGGAGUUGAUGAUAUUGAUGUGGUUCAAGAGGAUGGUGCAGGGCAUAUUGAUCGUUCUUCACCGGCGUAUAAAGGUCAGAAGAGAGAAAAUGUUGCAAGAAGGGAGCAACUUGUAAGUCGUGAUGAGAUUGGAAAAGAGGGUGAUCCUCAUGAGGAGAGGUACACAAGUGGAAAAAGGCAGGUGGGACCAUCGUCUGAUACUAACCCCAGUGAUGAUGACGAUGAUGGAGCAAAACAGGUUACCGGUAAUCAGAAUGAGUCAUUUGAUAGUGAGAAUGUCAAGCAAAACCCGUCUUUCUCAUCCGAUGAUGAGGAGCCGGCCGUAGACAUCGAGGAUACAAAUGGAGAUUUCGCGAUGGACGACGAGAGAAGCCUCGACAUAGAGAGAGAAAAUGAUGAGAGAGAAAACUCCAAGUGCGAAGGUCGGGUUAGAUCCAGACACGGUGAGGACAAUCGAAAGAUCCACGAGAGCAAAGUCCUUGAGGAGGACCACCACUCCCGACCCCGCCAGGGCAGCAGUUUCAAGAGGCGAGCUGAAGAGGAUGAGGAAAGAGAGGAUUCCCGUCGGCACUCGAGGGGUGACAGCUGGCGGAAAAGGGGGACAGUUCACGACCGAGAUGUGGAGCUGGGGCAAAGGCCGAGGCCGAGAGAGAGGGAUAAUCUUGUAAAAAGUCAAACUGAGAAGGUGGAUGAAGCUCACGGCAAGAGAAGGAAAGAUGGGCGUGGUAUUGAGAGGGAAGAGAAAGCCUACAAUCAUAAUAGAGAAAGCAGCCGUAGAAAGAGAGAAAGAGAAAGAGAUGAUGCUCAGGCCAAGUCGAAGAAUGGCGAUACUCAUUACACCGCUAGGCAAAAAGAAGCAACACGGCAGAUCACAAAUGGUGCACCACGAGGCCUCGAAGAAAAGAAGUGGAUCAGCCACUCACGAGGGAAAGAUGAGUACAAGAGAUCAGGAAGAGAUUACCACUCGAGAAAUGUGGGCCAUCAGAUCAAGAAAAGGGACCGAGCUGAAGAUGAUAGUUUUUCACGGAGUAGGGGCCGUGAGGAGGCUAAUGCGCGAGGAAAUCGUCAGGGUAGCAAAGAUGAAAAGAGGGCAGCAUAUGAAAGACCGGACAUGAGCGAUGAAUAUAAUAGGCAGAAAGUGGGAAGCAGAAAGAGUAAAGAAUUAGAAAGUGGAGACCGUGGUUCGUUGAUCCCUUCUGAGGGGAACCACGAUGAUAAGCAAAGUGGGCAGAUGAGUGAGAUGGUGGAGUCGAGAGCCAAAACCAAACAGUCAAAUCCUGAGACCUCAAAAAAACACGGAGAAGAAGAAGCCUCCUCAGAUGAAGAGCAGCAGUCGAGUUCCAGAAGGGGACGUUCCAAAUUCGAACGGUGGACGAGCCAUCAGGAGAGAGAUCCCUCGAUUUCAUCAUCUUCUUUCAGAAAGACCAAUAAAGAUUCAGACACACAGAACAGUGGCUCGAUUUCUUUGAUUCCCCUUAAAGCGGAAAGUAAUAAUAAACCUGAGUCCUCAGUCGACAAUAAAGACUCGAGUGCGAAACCGAUUGUGGAUGAUAAUAAUAAUAACAAUAAACACAUGGACACUGUGGAGAAAUUGAAGAAAAGGAGUGAGCGUUUUAAACUUCCUAUGCCAAGUGGAAAAGAAGCAGUGGCUGUUAAGAAGAUGGAGAGCGAACCUUUGCCCUCUUCACAAACUGAAGUCUGCCCAGAUUUGGAGAUCAAGCCCGAACGCCCGGCCCGUAAGAGGAGAUGGACUGGAAAUUAAGAUAUAUGAGGAUUUGAGUUUUUGAGACUAUAAACUGCAGCUUUUAUCUUUGUACUAUUUUUACUGUUCCACAUGUUGUGGCCAUUAACUCUUUUCUUGUUUUGACAAACUUGACAAGUGUGAAGUGUGGACAUAUAAAUAUAUAUAGAUGCUCCAUUGUAAAGUAGAGUUGUAGUUGGCCGGUGAUGAGGCACAACAUUCGCAUGUUCUUAUUUAUUUCCGUUAAGAGGAAAUGGAUAUUUGCAUUGACAGAUUGGUGAUAAGUGAAGGUGCUGUGUGUUUUGAAGCUGUGCUGCUGCUUUGUUUGAAAAGCUCGGGAAGCCUUAGUGCUGUGACGUCAUGCAUGAAGCUUGAGGAGAGAAGUGUGAUGACGGAACUUUCAUCAGACUUGUUGCUAAUGUAGUGUUAUAUUUAUUAGACUUCAAUCAAUGUAGAGGGGUGAAGCGAAAUGAAGGGCUUGCUUUUGUAUUUGGCCUCAUGCCACACACAUAAAACCAGAUUUUGUAAUUUUGAACUGAAGGAGAUAAAGCUAAAUGUAGACGAAGAAUUUCUGAAUUUGGGUUCAAGGUCCGGUUCAAUUAGACCGGCCGGUUCCACCGGGGAUCAGCAAUUCGUCUAGUAUAAUUACAAAAAGAUAAUACCAAGUAAAAUUGGGAUGUACAAAUAUA